GGCCUGCGGUCUGCGGAAGGGCCUGGCGUGGGGACGCCGGGGCGUCUCCGGGAACCUGAGCCGUGGAUGGCGGGGGGACACACGCGCGAGCUCUGCGGACCGCACCGGAUCCUGCGUCGGCCCAGUGCCGUGCCUGACUCGAAGCCACAGGCCUCACGUUCUCUGGUCUAGGCGUGUGAAGGUGCACGUGUCGUCCCGCCAAGCCCAAGCACUGGCACACGUGGGCGCCCGUCAGUGACACUGGGAAGCCCCGAAGUGUGAGCUGCCGAUCCGCCUCCCCGCCCCAGGCCUCCAGCGCCGGUCCUGAGUACCAUGAACGCCAUCGUCGCUCUCUGCCACUUCUGCGAGCUCCAUGGGCCCCGCACCCUCUUCUGCACGGAGGUUCUGCACGCCCCGCUACCCCAAGGGGCUGGGGCUGGGGAUGGCCCUGGCCAGGGCGAGCCGGCCGAGGAGGAGGAGGGGGGCAUUCAGAUGAGCAGUCGGAUCCGCGCCCACAGCCCGGCCGAAGGGGCCAGCGCCGAGUCCAGCAGCCCUGGGCCCAAGAAGUCCGACAUGUGUGAGGGGUUUCGCUCGCUCGCUGCAGGGCACCCGGGCUACAUCAGCCACGACAAGGAGACCUCGAUCAAGUACGUCAGCCACCAGCACCCAAACCACCCCCAGCUCUUCAGCAUCGUCCGCCAGGCCUGCGUCCGCAGCCUGAGCUGCGAGGUCUGCCCUGGCCGUGAGGGCCCCAUCUUCUUUGGGGACGAGCAGCAUGGCUUCGUGUUCAGCCACACCUUCUUCAUCAAAGACAGCCUGGCGCGCGGCUUCCAGCGCUGGUACAGCAUUGUCGCCAUCAUGAUGGACCGCAUCUACCUCAUCAACUCCUGGCCCUUCCUGCUGGCCAAGAUCCGGGGCAUCAUCGACGGGCUCCAGGGCAAGGCGCUCAGGGUGUUCGAGGCGGAGCAGUUCGGGUGCCCCCAGCGGGCGCAGAGGAUGAACACGGCCUUCACGCCCUUCCUGCACCAGAGGAACGGCAAUGCCGCCCGCUCGCUCACCUCCCUGACGAGCGACGACCACCUGUGGGCCUGCCUGCACACCUCCUUCGCCUGGCUCCUGAAGGCGUGUGGCAGCCGGCUGACCGAGAAGCUCCUGGAAGGCGCACCAACCGAGGAUACUCUGGUGCAGAUGGAGAAGCUUGCUGACUUGGAAGAGGAGUCGGAAAGCUGGGCCAACUCUGAGGCCGAAGAGGAGAGAGCCCCUGCGCUGCUGGAGGGCGUGGAGAGGCGGGAACUGAGCAAGAGCUCCACGGACUCCUUGCGCUCCGACUGCGCCGGCUGGCAGCCCCGGAAGCUGUCGGUCUUCAAGUCCCUUCGGCACAUGAGACAGGUGCUGGGAGCCCCGUCUUUUCGCACGUUGGCCUGGCAUGUCCUCAUGGGGAACCAGGUGAUCUGGAAGAGCAGAGAUGCCGAGCUGGUGCAGUCCGCCUUCGACGUGCUUCGGACCAUGCUGCCCGUGGGCUGCGUGCGCAUCAUCCCCUACAGCGGCCAGUACGAGGAGGCCUACCGCUGCAACUUCCUGGGGCUCAGCCCGCACGUGCAGGUGCCCCCCCACGUGCUGUCUUCAGAGUUUGCUGUCACCGUGGAGGCCCGCCCGGCCGCUCGCUCGAACCCCAACCUUGCCGGCUGCGAGGACGACCAGUCUCUCAGCAAGUAUGAGUUUGUGGUGACCAGCGGCAGCCCUGUGGCCGCAGACCGAGUGGGCCCCACCAUCCUGAACAAGAUCGAGGCGGCUCUGACCAACCAGAACCUGUCUGUGGACGUGGUGGACCAGUGCCUCAUCUGCCUCAAGGAGGAGUGGAUGAACAAGGUGAAGGUGCUGUUCAAGUUCACCAAGGUGGACAGCCGGCCCAAGGAGGACACGCAGAAGCUGCUGAGCAUCCUGGGCGCGUCCGAGGAGGACAACGUGAAGCUGCUCAAGUUCUGGAUGACCGGCCUGAGCAAGACCUACAAGUCGCACCUCAUGUCCACCGUCCGCAGCCCCACGGCCUCCGAGUCUCGCAGCUGAGGUGCGAGCGCCGUCUCCGCGACACCUGGGGAAGUGACAGUGGCUCACAGACUGGCUCUAAACUGCCAGGGUGGAGCCAGGACGGAGACCUGGGAACUUGGCCUGGCACAGGAGGUGCCACCUGUGGAAGCCGUGGCCCUGCAUCCGUGCUUUGGGAGGACUGGGGGCUGGCCUCGGGUCUCGAGAACGCAGACCUGGGAGCCCACAGAGAACGUGGGUCAGGCCUCUCGGUCAUCUGAUCUGCAGCGGCACGCCCUCUGAGGGUCGGCGUUGGGCUUUCCCGUUGGGGAGGCCCGUUUUCUGGGGUCUGCUCAGGUACGGGCCUUCACAGCUGUGGAAAGUAGGGGCCGGCCGUGUCAGCAGUGGUUGGUACUCGUCUCGGGUGGGUUUGGGUAAGGUGGCUGUCCCCCCUGACGCUCAGAUUCUGACGUGUGAGUCAUCUUCAGGCACUGUAGGGGCUUUUGUCGUCAC